AUGGACUACUCCGAAAGCCGGCCGUAUGAGUCAGUUCAGGAAAAGAGAACUCAUCUUCGCUUCUACGUUCAUGACAUUCCAAGUGGAAACAAACCAAGUGCAGUGCAGAUAGCUGGUCCAAACACCACUAAAAAAGAGGACGGACCGACACCUUUUGGCUCCACUUUCGCCAUUGAUGAUCUACUCACGGAAGGGCCUGAGAUAACCUCAAAAGUCCUUGGCAACGCACGAGGAAUAUACGUUUCAUCGAGCCAGGACAAGGACUUGACUUUGGUCUUGUAUAUUGAUCUUGGUUUUACAAGUGGGAAGUUUAAAGGGAGUUCACUCAGUGUGUUUUCCAGGAAUCCGAUAACGGAGAAUCACCGGGAACUGGCUGUGGUUGGAGGGAGAGGGCGGUUCAGGCUGGCCAGGUGGUUUGUUUUGGUAAAGACAUAUUCCUUGAACACCACUAAUGGUGAUGCUGUUCUUGAGUACACUGUGGAGGUUGUUCAUCCUUGAGGGAUUAGGUUUUAUUGUAUAAUGCUGGAAGUUCAUGGAAACAUUUGUCUUCUUUUCUAACUAAUCAUGA